AUGAAAUCGCUCGGUGAGCUCUUCGCCAUUGAAAAAGAACUGUGGCAGUCGCUGUUCCAGCCUGUAAUUCUCAUCCGCGCUGUGUUUCUGAAGGACGUGACUGUUGUUCAGUUUAUCACACAGCAUCCGCUUUGUCAUGCUUCUGGUAUGAUGAAUCCAGCGUCUCUUCUUGGAGCGAGGUUGCUAAUCGGAAUGUGUAGGAUCGUACGCCGUCAGCAAGUCUACUGCGCCAUUCUCAACGAAAGUGAAACCCCCAGACCUCGCCUUCCACCGACCAUCUCUCAAACUCAAAGACUUGUUCACCCAGACCACGCAAGACAACCAACCCCAGUCUCCAUCAGGACCAUCUGUCCUUGA